AUGAAAUCAAUUCUAUUCUAAGGUGAUGUACAAUAUAAUUUAUCAUUUGAUGACCAGGAAAAGAUAUUAGUCUAAUUCUCACACUCAGGACGUCCUGAUAAUCGUAUUUCGUAGUUUCGAAUACGAGGAUGAUGGGAUUAAAUAGGAUAAAACUCAAAAAUCCCAAAGUUCUUCAUUUCUUUCGUUUUAUUUUUCGUGUUUUAUUAAUGCUACCAUUCAGUAUUAUAUAUUUGUUAUCUGUCAGCUGAUAUUGCCACACACACACACACACAAAAAAAAAAAAAAAAAGAGUAGAAAAUAAUUUGGGCGCGGGGGGAAAUGACUCUGGAGGAAUUUUUGAAGCAGUGCCAGCAGUCAGGUGAUGCUGCUUACGCUGCCUUCAAAUCGCUUCUGGAGAAGCUUGAGGAUCCCAAGACCCGCACUGAAGCCCGGGUCUUCCUUUCGGAUCUUCAAUCCCGGGUCGGUUCCUCCGAUGAUUGCUUCCACAGAUACCAUUUCCGGAUACAGGACAUUUACUUGGAUCGGUAUGAAGGCUAUCAGGGAAGGAAGAAACUGACAAUGAUGAUGAUCCCUAGCAUUUUUAUGCCAGAAGACUGGUCAUUUACCUUUUAUGAAGGACUCAAUAGACACCCAGAUUCCAUUUUCAAGGAAAAGACAGUUGCUGAGCUUGGCUGUGGAAAUGGAUGGAUAACUAUAGCCAUUGCUGAGAAAUGGUUGCCUGCUAAGGUUUAUGGCCUUGAUAUAAAUCCAAGAGCUGUGAAGGUUUCUUGCAUAAACUUAUACAUGAAUGCUUUUGAUGAGAAAGGCCAACCGAUAUAUGAUGCAGAAAAGAAAACUUUACUGGAUAGGGUGGAGUUUCAUGAAUCUGAUCUGCUAUCUUAUUGUAGGGAACAUGAUAUUAAACUUGAACGAAUUGUUGGAUGCAUACCUCAGAUUCUUAAUCCAAAUCCAGAGGCCAUGUCCAAAAUGAUCACGGAAAAUGCAAGCGAGGAAUUUCUACACUCUUUGAGUAAUUAUUGUGCACUUCAGGGUUUUCUUGAGGAUCAAUUUGGCUUAGGUCUGAUUGCCAGGGCAGUUGAGGAAGGAAUUGCUGUCAUUAAACCUACAGGUAUUAUGAUCUUCAAUAUGGGAGGCCGUCCUGGACAAGGAGUUUGUAGACGCCUGUUUGAAAGACGGGGUUUCCGUGUCACCAGGCUUUGGCAAACCAAAGUUCUUCAGGCUGGGGACACUGAUAUUUCAGCCUUGGUUGAAAUUGAGAAGAAUAGUCCACACCGUUUUGAGUUCUUUAUGGGGCUUUCUGGAGAUCAACCUAUUUGUGCUCGCACAGCAUGGGCCUAUGGAAAGGCUGGUGGCCGUAUCUCUCAUGGAUUAUCAGUUUACAGUUGUCAACUUCGUCAACCAAACCAGGUCAAGGUAAUAUUUGAAUUUCUUAGAAGUGGCUUCCAAGAGAUCAGUAGCUCUUUAGAUUUAUCUUUUGAAGAUGAUUUUGUUGCGGAUGAGAAGAUUCCAUUCCUGGCCUAUCUUUCCAGUGUUUUGAAAGAGAAUUCCUGCUUCCCAUAUGAGCCACCAGCUGGAUGCAAAAGAUUUCGUAAUCUAAUUGCUGGCUUUAUGAAAACUUACCACCAUAUUCCACUUACAGCUGAUAAUAUUGUUGUCUUUCCUUCAAGGACCGUGGCAAUUGAGAAUGCCCUGCGGCUGUUUUCCCCCAAUCUUGCAAUUGUUGAUGAGCAUUUGACUCGGAACUUACCCAGGAAAUGGUUAACAUCUUUGGCAAUUGAGACUGCAGAAAAUGGACUGUCAGAUGAUGUAGUUACUGUCAUUGAAGCACCACGCCAGUCAGAUUUAAUGAUAGAGCUUAUAAAAAGGCUGAAGCCACAGGUUGUGGUCACUGGGAUAGCUCAUUUUGAGGCUGUUACUAGUUCAGCCUUUGUGCAACUAUUAGAUGCCACUGGAGAAAUUGGGUCUCGCCUUUUCUUAGACAUAUCUGAUCACUUCGAAUUAUCCAGCCUUCCAGGUACCAUUGGGGUACUAAAAUAUCUGUCAGGAACUCCUUUGCCAUCACAUGCAGCAAUCGUUUGUGGCCUGGUAAAGAAUCAGGUUUAUUCAGAUUUAGAAGUUGCCUUCGUAAUUUCAGAAGAAGAGGCCAUCUUGAAGGCCUUGUCAAAAACUGUUGAAAUACUUGAAGGGAAUACCUCAUUGAUUAGCCAGUACUAUUAUGGUUGUAUUUUUCAUGAGCUUCUAUCUUUUCAACUUACAGACAGACAUCCAAAUCUAGAGAGGAGAUCUGAAAAGUCCAAAUCAGUUGAGGUGAUCGGGUUUACUACUUCUGCAAUCUCGGUCCUUAGUAAUGCUGAAUUAUCCAUUUCUGAUGAAGGGUACCCACUUGUACGUAUGGAUGUGGAUCAGUGGUUCCUUCCGGUUCCUUCUCCUGUUAAGGCUGCUAUCUUUGAAAGUUUUGCCCGGCAAAAUAUGACUGAGUCUGAAAUUGAUGUUACUCCUUGUAUAAAGCAGUUUGUUCAGACCGAAUAUGGGUUCCCAACUGAUAGCGGCACAGAAUUUAUAUUUUCAGACUGCUCACAAGCUCUUUUCAGUAAGCUGGUCCUUUGCUGCAUCCAAGAAGGGGGAACUAUGUGCUUUCCUGAUGGCUCAAAUGGAAAUUAUGUUUCUGUUGCCAAAUUUUUGAAAGCGAACACUGUACAUAUCCCCACAAACCCUGAGCGAGGCUUUAAGCUGACAGAGGAGAUACUCAUUAAAGCGCUUGAGACUAUGAAAAAGCCAUGGGUAUAUAUUUCUGGUCCAACAAUCAACCCAACUGGCUUGCUUUACAGCAACCAAGAGAUGGAAAACAUUUUAAGUGCAUGCGCAAGAUUUGGGGCAAGAGUGGUGAUUGAUACUUCAUUCUCAGGACUGGAAUUCGAAUAUGAAGGUAGGGGUGGCUGGAAUCUGGGGAGCUGUUUGUCAAAAAUAUCUUCCUCUGGCAACCCCUCUUUUUGUGUUUCUCUGCUUGGAGGGCUGUCUCUGAAACUGCUUAGUGGAGCACUCAAAUUUGCCUUUCUGGCUCUAAAUGAACCAAUUCUAAUUGAAGCAUUUCAUAGCUUUCCUGGCUUAAGCAAACCUCAUUGUACAGAUAAAUAUACAAUCAAGAAGUUGUUGUCUCUGAUAGAGCAGAAAGGAGGUUUGUUGGAUGUUGCUAUGGAACAAAUAAGAAUUUUGGAAAACAGAGCGAAGUGUUUAAAAGAGGUCCUUGAAAACUGUGGCUGGGAUGUGCUUAGACCCUGUGCUGGUGUUUCCAUGGUGGCAAAGCCCUCUUUCCUCGGAAAGGCUGUAAAGGUCAACCAUUCACUUAAACAUACAGGCAGUGGUGAAAAAGAUGCCACCUAUGAAAUUAAGCUAACUGAUGCAUCCUUGAGGGAAGCCGUUGCCAAGACAACUGGCUUGUGCAUCAACAGUGGAUCAUGGACUGGAAUUCCAGGCUAUUGUCGCUUCACCAUUGCCUUGGAAGAGAGUGAAUUUGAGCAAGCAUUGGCUUGCUUAGUCAAAUUUAAAAGCAUAGUCGAUAACUGAAUUAUACUAUCAUUUUCUAAGUCUUUGCUGUAACAACAAAAGCAUAUAUUUGGUUGGGCUUGUGCUUUACAAAGCUGUGGUUUCCUACCUUGUAAACAUUCUUUAAGCAUAAGAUAAUGGGACUCAGUUCAUGAUUUUAAGUUUA